UGACAGUAGCGUCCUUGGCUACGGUAGCCGCUUGGGGACAGAAGUAGCCGGAGCGCUCACCUGAGAGAUUCUGUAGGGAGCGGGAGUGUCCGGGAAUUACCAGUAUUAGGGUACCAGAGACAUGGAAUACACUGAGGACUGUUUGGAGCCAGAAAGUGGAGGGGUGGGGUACAAUGUGCCGGAAGGAACCCUGCCUCAAGGAGCGGGGGCCAAUAAGAAGGUGCUAAUCACGGAGGUGUCACAGUCAGCCCGCCCCCCACAGCUGGCGCUGCCCGUAUACGAAGACCCAUUUGAACGUUCUUUGAAAUACAUGGAGAAGCACAACAUCCUACAGAUAUUCCAGGAAAUUACAGAAAACUUGGUUUAUGAGAAGCCGGAAGAGCCGCUAGAGUUCAUGCUUGAGAAGGUGCAGUCCAUGAUCUCCAGCCGGAAGGAACAAUAAUACAUCCCCCCGGCCUCUACCAUUUGUCUACCCCCCCCCUCUUCCAUUCGCCCCCCCCCCCCCAUUCGCCACUGGAACCCCCUUCUGGCCUACAUGUCUCCUUCCCAGUGAUGCCUGUAUGUUCCCGGCUCUCCUGUGUGCCCUGCAGGGGGCGAUAUGUGCAGGAAUGGUUAGUGGGUUGCAGAGGGGCCACAUGUACCUGUUGGGAUCUGCUGACUCCAAAGGGGUUAAAAUGAACUCCCUGCGCGUAUAUAUGAGCUGCUGGGAGUUACAGACACAUACCCGGUGCCUUGGGAAGGGUGGGGUUUAUAUAUUGUUAUUUGGUGCCCAGAAAUGGGGUGUCCUAUGCACAGUGUGGGGUUACAGACAGGGGGAAUGUGGGGUUACAUGGGGCAGAUAGGCCAUUGGAGGGGACAUAUGCACUGAUAUUUGGGGGUUCCAGUUGAUAAAUGCCUUAGUCACAAAUGCACUUUACUGUAUGUGCUCAUCUGGUUGGUCAGAACCCACUGACCUAUUGCUUCCUGUAUUGGGGGCGUGGCCUAUAUCCAUGUACCCUGAGUGCAGAUACCCCCAACUUUACCCCCCCACAAUUCGGGCCCACGGAAACAUCUGUUAUAUGCACUGGGAUCAGCAAUAAAGUCUCCCCAUCUGGGCCCAGAAGGGUUAAACAGUGUUA